GUUCAGUUUAUUAAUUGUCAUUGUGAGCCCUUUUGGUCAAAGAAGCGACAGAAACAAUGGUCACGCUUACGAUAAGGUAUAGCACAAGUUGAUAUGCAGCCGUUUUUAACCGUGGGAGGCUGGGGCUCAACGAUCUCCCGCUUGUAACAUUGUACCAAUGACACAGUCGAAAAAGCCAGUUGAGAAUGCUCUGGUAACAGGCUUUGCGCCUUUUGGCCCUCACAACAUAAAUCCUUCAUGGGAGGUCGCGAAAUUGUUAUCAGGCACCACCAUGACAACUGACAAACAGUCUGUUCUCAUCUCAUCUUUACUCUUACCAGUGGAGUAUCAACCAGUUGUCGACAUUGUGAGUCCUCUACAUCGAGAACCACACCAGUACAAGUAUAUUUUCCAUAUUGGUGUAGGAUUGGACGGUCCAGUAGAAAUGGAAACAUUAGCUCGCAAUGGACCUUAUCAAAAGGUAGAUAAUCGAAACGAGAUACCCGAUGGAAACUACACAAAGGGACCGGACACGCUGUACACCAAGGUAGACGUGGAAAAAGUUCUCGAGUGGGGCAAGAAAGAGAAAAAAUGGGACGCCGAGGAUGUCCGUGUCUGUGCAGAUGCUGGAUUAUACCUUUGCGAGUGGACAUUCUAUCUCAGUCUCCGUGAAAGUCAAGAAAAAGAUACCAAGCAUGCAACGGUGCUUUUCAUUCACGUACCCACCAUGGGCGACGGUAAAGGUCAAAAGAGUUUGCAGAAAAUGACUGAACUCGUUCGUGAGAUCAUCGAAGGAGUGAUUAGUCACACCUGAACCCUCAGUUACAAUAUAGUUAGCCAGUGUUGUUAUUUUUUUAUUAUCCAACUAUUUGUAAUGUAUGUGAUGGAAAAAUGGGGGGGGGGGAAUGGUGUUUAUUUAGCAACCUCGGCUUCAAAGACUUCGUUGAGGUUACCAGCCUUGAUGGCAGCUUCCAAAGC